CAGAGUCAGUUGUGCACUACCGGUUGCGAAGUACGGGUCGUAUUGUGAUUACGUGUUCAUUAACUGGUAUUCGUGAGUUAAGAAUAACGCUUUACGGUAUCGGAGAAAUUGAAACGUACGUGUGACACGUUCUUUGCAUUCUAUUUAACCUUUCGAGGAAACACGCUCGUUCUAGACUAUCGUGUGUCAGCGUUUCGAAAACACUUUUACUCUCGUGUGCGAGUCAAUUACAUUCGCGUUUUUCGCUACGACCUCGUCUGAGUGAAACAGAAUCUGUGAAACAAACUGUCGUCGAAGAAGUCUAGAAAUGAGAAAACUUAUGGAGAAACAGCUGUCUUGGCUUGCCUUACUCGUCACUGCGUUCUACUCUCUGCUUGGCAGUUGUCGGGGCGAAGAGUGCGGACACGAAAGGUUGGUGAAGUGCGGAAGACCACUCGAGAGAAUCAACAGGAACGAUUUGAGUUUCGCUGUGAAAAAGGAGGAACUUCAGCAGCUAUGCCCAGAUUUCGAGGCUGGCAUGAAGUGCAUCCAGACGUACACGUUGGAUUGUCUGCAGGAGAAACAAAGGGAACACUUCAACUCAUUGUACGCGGGCACCAACAAGGUGGUCAUGGAGCUGUGUCAAGAUGGCCCUUAUCAGGACGAAUUCCUACGACAUGCGCCGUGCAUGCAAAAGGUGCAGCCGCAAUACGAGUCCUGUUACAAGAAGUACCAAAGAAUCACUCAGGAUAUCGAAAGUGGAAAUCAAGUUGCGAACCCGAAUGAGCCCCUCAAGCCUUUGUGCUGUGGCUUCAGGGAAUUUUUGGAAUGCUCGCAUCAUACGAUUCGUCGGCAAUGUGGCUAUGACACAGCUCAAUUUGCAAAGGGGUUCCUCGACAGAAUGUCGACCUCACUUCUCAAGGAACAUUGUGCGCCGUAUACGGAGAAGGAAUGCUGGAUUGGUAGCGGCGCUACUAGCGUGUACAAAGUGCAAACACUAGUGGUGGUCGUUUUGGCGGUGCUAGCAAGGUACUUCACGUAAGCGAUUAGGCGGCACUCGUAGCCAGAAAAAGGGGACGAUUUCCGUGCAUCACGAGCGUCGUGCUGAAACCGGGGCCCCCGUUCGUUCUCCGCUUCAGAUUCGCCAGAAUAUUUUUUUAUUUUCCGACGAGCAACCAAGAAGAGGAAAAAAAAGGAGGCACGCGCACGCGAGCAACGAGUGGGUCGAGAGUAUUAAGAGAGGCAGCGCGAAGGAGAAAAAGGAAAAAGGUAACAAAGACAAAGGGAAGGAUGUAGAGAAAGGAAAAAGGAAGGAGACGUAGGACGAGAAAAAGUUAAGGAAAGGGAAUAAACCGGCUGGACACGAUCAAAGAGAGGCAGGAAGAAAGUUCUCUCGCCACGUUCUCCGCACGCGAACUUCCUCGCCGCGCUCGUGCGGCAACCGUUUCUCUUUGACGGGAAACGCUCGUGGAAAACAAAGAAGAGAACGUGCUUUCGGACACUGCGACGGGCUUAAUCAUGCAAUCAGAAGGCACGUGCGCCAAGGUGAACGUGUUCCAUCGUGCUGUCAUCACUGCUCUACUAUUCGUAGUGCUUCGAUGCUCGAGAAUCGAAUACACGAGCUGGAUCGGUUCAAGAUCGGAUGCUGAAUAUAAACGCGCCAUAUCUUGAUUACGUUUUAAGUUUUUAUUUGUCAAAUAGCUGCUCUACUCGAGUAUUGCCUCGCGUGUCGUACUAAAGGAGAGAACAGAAAGCGAGGUGACGUGAUUUAAUAGGGGAAUAUAGAUGAAAACGAAUGAAAUUUACGAGAGAACAUUAGAAGAUGUCGAUAUGACACGUUGAAUUCUAUUUCGAGCUUUGCUAUGGAACAGCAGUGGGAAGGAGGAAAUGAAAAUUACAACCGUGACACACGACAGACUCGAUUCUUUGAAAAUGUGGUCAUCGAGUGUUUAAUCAUAGAUGGACGACACGUAAAAGCGCUGAUACUCGCCUGCUUGGCGCGGAUAAGCCUUUAGAACUAAAAAUGAAACCAUUUUCUCAUAGCGACGUAUAGCGACGAACUGUAUGAAGAAAAGGGGAAUCAGACGUGGAACGCAUCUGUUGGCGAUAAACGUAACUCCGACUAGUCAACAUUUGCCAUAUCUGCUUUCGAAGCACACGCCUCUUGAAAGAAACGAGUAUAUCCUAGAUCUUUCUAACGAAUACUAGAUGUGAUUGCUUCGAGUAAGAACGGGUUGAAGAUUCGCACCGAGGAUCGGAUACCUCAGAAGAACUGCAAUUUCACGAGCAGCUUGAUGAAGCUGUGGGAAAUCAAGCAGAAAUGUUCGAGCAAAAGAAGUGUGGUCCUUCGGUCCAUCGAAAGAUCGGUAUAGUCAUUCGGAUCUAACGUUUCUUUGAAAUCUGAUAAUUCGAAAGGUGUAUCCAAUUAAUUAAUUUUUCCUAUCGUUCAUUUUCAUUGUAAAAUAUGAUUCGAAGAAUCUCGCAUUCAUUUACCUAUAUUUCAAUGAAUCGUUAAUCGAUACAGAUACGAGAGUAAAUUACGCUAGAAAUUUUACCAACAAACGUUCAACUUUACAUCAAGAAUAAAUAGACUCGAGAGAGUGAAAUCACCGGUUUCUAUGGGUUCAAACAUCUCCGAGAUUAAAACCCACGGUACUUUCGUCGCGAAUAGCAGAUAAUAAUACAAUACCUACUCUCGCUGUUGGAUUUACUGGGAGCGUCGUUGCAGCGAAACGAGGAACAAGUAUUCGAGAAAUAGCAUCCUUGUCCCUGCGUUCGGGUCGGCUGCCAUGGGACACAGAGGCGUCGGAGAAAAUCGACAAACGAAGCUGGUAUCGUUACAACGGGCGCUUCGUCUUGUCUCGCGAGGAGCCCUUGUUGCAACGAGCGUUUCGUGUACAGUGCUAAGCAAACGUUCGAGAAACGAGGUGAAUUGUUGGUCAUUGAAAGGGAUGACGAAAAUGAAGAAAAGUGAAAAGGAAGAUGGAGGAGAGAGGAGGGAGGAAAGCGUGUCUUCGUUCAGCGUACAGAAAGACGAAAAAUAGCGCAGCAGCUUGUGAAAAGAGAUUGAAGGAGGACAGGAAGAAAAGAGGCGACGAAUCGUGAGCUGAUGAAAAUGUGACUCGUUUUGGUUCUAGAAACGCGAUUUCGAAUAGUUAGAAGCAGCUUCGAAUGGCUGAACGUGACAGCGGCGAUCACACUGUCUGGUAUCUCGGCUGCAGACGAUGCGACAUUUUUCAUCGGUGCGACCUCGGCGAAAUGCUGGCGGAACUGUGCUGUUUCAGAUGCAGAACGUUCUCUAGUUGCUCGAUUGCUUAUGCAGUCGACACGCCGCGGGUGGCGUAAUCGAAAGGCGGAAAGUGACAAGGAACUGAUAGUCUGCAAUUGCGUGCGGAACUAUUUCUAUGGAGAUAUUCCGGAUAGAUUUCCAAGGAGAACCUAGCGUCCUAGAAAUAUCAGUAGAAAUACCAGCUGCUAUUAAUAUGAAACCUCCGAAGAAGUAGUUGCAUUUCGGCAGAUCCUCACCUCCUUUUGAUUAUUCCCACUUUGAGGUUACUGAUUCUUGUCUUUCAUCAGACGAUUUUUAAGAUCCGCUUAAACGCUUGUUCUUCGCAUAUUCUUUUGAUGCUUCAAGAUCGACCAGCAAAAGACAGUAAAGAUAUCGGACACUCCAUGAACAAUUGACAAGAUCGUAUUAUUGCCGUUGUUUUUAUAAAAUCAUUCGACCUGUUAGUGCCGUUUGUAGAAUCUGUUUAACUUCAAGACGAAGAAAAUGCAUCAUAAUAAAUUGGCAUUAUUUUGCCUUACUGGAAGAUAGUUAUCAUCCAUGUUCCUCUCGGACGCCUCUGAUUUUAUAGUUGGUACGGAAAAUAUCUUGAAGGACUGUUGUGUCGAUACGAACUAUCGUUAUUCCCUAUGCACCCGAUCGAGUAGUGUAUCGUGGGUCGUAAGUGAAGUGGAAAGAAGAGGAAGAAAGGAGCGACGAAGCCUUUCAGUGGCUGGAAGAGGACGCUGUUCUUCCGCUACGUGCUUCGGCUAUCGCUGUAAACAGGGGUAGAUAGCGAGCCAACUGUUCGAGGGGUCGAUUCUCGUGCUGAAAGGGAAUUACUUCCAACGUGGUGGUUCAGCACAAGUCUCACCGGGGGAUCUUAGAGUGUUCGAAUCGACUUGACGAGCUUUUGCCUACCUACUGACCGUAUUUUUUACUGCUAACUAUAUUUCGUUCUAGAGAACACUGUGUGUGUGUGAAGGAGGAAUUAAUUAUUGGAGAAUUUAUAAUUCGAUGUUUAUGUGCUAACAAGUUGUGUAUUAAUAAUUCAAUAUUGUGGAAAAUCACUGCUUUGAUCACUUAGUGGCGCUGAUUUUUAUUAAAAGGUAUCGUUACGACAAUAUGGUAACCGGGAGAUCCGAAAUGAAAAGAUGCUUCUUUUGUAUUAAGAAUCGAUUAAACAUAGACAAUCACAAUUCAUGGGUACUUACAAGUAUAAUUUGCUGUUGUGUCAAGGAAGAAGAAGAAAAAGAGCAGUGGAAAACCAACAUUGUGACUUAUAACAAUAUAAGUUACGCGUUUGAAUAUAACACGGGCCUAUACAUUGAAUCUCUGUUCAGAAAGGUUAACAAUAUUACCGAGCCUGUGACUGAUUCUCAAGUACAUCAAAUUCUACUCACUGCCGCUUUAAAAGUUUUCAAUUGUAGAAGAAUUUACGUAAUGCUACGAUCACUGCCCACAUUGAAUCCAAGAUAAUCCAGCAAAAUAGACGAAUCAUAAGAAGAAAACGAAGCCAAUCGAAAAAGCAAAAAACGUGAUUAAUGUCCGCAUAUUGUACAAUAAAUUGUUGUUACUUCUUGCAAUUCUUUUAUAUCUGCCACUACGGCAGCUUAAGAAGAAAAAGAAGAAGAAGAAGAAGAGAAGAAAAGGAAGAACCGAACUGAACCGUUUCUUACAGAGCGGAUUGUGGGUCAGUUGCUUUAAAGCCACUUUGUCACUCGCCAUAUUCCUCCCUGGCAAGAAAGAGAGAGAGAAACGGUUGACAAGAUAGGCGAGAAGUAGGGGAGCAAUAAAUGAUCAGAUCGAUUUCGCUGUAUCGAGCGAUAUUAUAUGGCUUCGAUGAAAAAUAGAUGGUUGAAAGAGGCGGCGCAGGUGUAUCGGACAACUGUAUGACAUUGUCUUUCCACAUUAAAGAUCCGUUUAAAACGGUCCUCUUUCGAGAACGAGUCGUAUGAUCGUAAAACACAGAGAAUACGUUUCUCGAGAGAAUUGUUUAACUCAAUUUCGAAUAACGCGUCUUCUACUGUCUGAAACUUCAACGCAGAGAAGACACGUAGCUCUGUUCUGUAUCAAUCAUACGAUGUUUUAAAUCUAAAACGCGGAAGAAGAGAAAAAGCGAUGGAAUCGUUCAAAAUUAUACGCUGCAGCGAUCCGUGGAAAUUAAUGCAAGCGGCAAAGAGAGAAACGAGAUCUGGCCGAUUCGAGAAGGAAAAUUAUCACUCUUCUGCAAAUUUCCUCGUCAACGAUGAGGAAGCAGCGAAUAUAUAGUAUGUACGCAGAAUGUUCUGAAUGAUUGGGAAAGGCCGGACACGAACGUGGUGUAAUGGAAAAGAGGAGAAGAAAUGGAUCGGGUGUCAGCUGCUUCGACCAGGUCUGAUUUUCGUGCACGUACCAUUCCCUGGUUCGACUCGAAACGCGCUCUAAAUAGCAAGCGAAACGCGGACUCGAGAAAAAUCACUUUCAUCGUCGCACGCGACACGUGACCAAGUCCACGGAAAAAUCACGGACGAACGAGAAUUCCGCUCUUUUGCUACGUGUCGUUUCUAUCUUAAACGGGUCUUAAACCGGGAACGUGGUUACAGUUUGGGAAACGUUCACGAUAGAUAACCGUGUACGUGUAUUAUACCAGACGAUUUCUUGCCUAUUUCGAACGAAAUAUCGAUCGAGUAUUAUUUCGAUAAUCGUUUAGAGCAACCUAUUCAUGGAAAGGUUCCGUAGUAUAAAAUGGGGAAAUUGAUCCUUUCUGAAAUUUUUAUUUCGCAAUCGUUUUUUCUAUAUAUUGAGAAUUAAUUCGAAUUAAUUUCUGAAAACAACCGAUGAUUAAUUUUUUAUCAGAUUCAGAACAUAGAAUGAAAGGUAUGGGACAUAUAUCGUGGCGUAGAUAAUUAAUUAUGCAAACUGAUAUUUACAUUCGAAGUAAACAAGUGAUAAAAUUGUUUGACAAAUCCUUUCCACAGUCGAAAUUUAUACGUGUCUGACGGCUAUAAUUAUUAUUAAUGGCUUUAUAUGUCAAAUUGUCUAAUUGAAUUUAACACAGAAGCAAUUUAAAUGAAAGUAAGAUAAAAAAAAGAAUUUUUGUAAUCAUCCAUGAUCUAAGAAAGUCUAUACUGGAUUAACACAAGGUAGAAGUUAUCCAUUCUCUGGAAGUUUUUUAAUUAUUCAGCUAAACUGGUGGAUUUAUUUUGACUUACAAAAGAGACCAGUUAAGACAGUUUACGGAACAAGACUAACCCUAUACGUAUAAUUAUGGUGUUCAAGAUUUCUUCUAUUUCAAUAUUAGAAAGUAAAGGUAGUUCGUUAUAUUGAUUAAAAUCAUUCUACAAAUUUUUUUUUUUUUUUUUUUUUUUUUUUUUUUUAACGUGGGGAAAUUCUCAUGGACACCCGGCCCCCGCAAGCGAGAAACCGGGUAGUGUCGGACUCUUAGUUACCGACUAAAACCACCACGUGGCUGCUUGACGCGCAAGAAAGAGACCCCAAGUGCCCUGGACGCGGGCGGGGAUGAUGAUGAUGUUUUCCCCCCUCGACUACUGCUCCCGCUUCAUCCCGCCUCGUGCUCCCCUCUACAAAUUUUCUACGGAGUCAUCAACCUCGGUCGAAAUAAUUCUGUCAAUAAUGGUUCUUUGCUUCACAUAUGAUAAUUUUAUAAACUAUUCCUGAUAUUUUUCUAGUUGUCGUGCACAAUUUUUGAAUAUAAGCGGAAAAAAUGAAAAAUAAAAUCAACUUACUAUCAUUGUUGGCAACUGUGCUCUUGUCGUGUAAGAAUUCAACAAGUGAAAAAAAAAAACAAAAUUGUCGAUCUCCAAACAGGAGAUCGAGUUCUUUAUUUCCACUCAAUUUAUACAAUAAUUAAAUGGUAAACCCUUUAUAGUAUUUGCGGUUCGCAACGAUAGACUUUUAAUAUUCAGGCUGGUUCGGACUUAUUCAGAUGAUUUUGACAGGAGUAUUUAUAUUCUUUAUUCGUUGGAGUAGUAAGUGACUUUGGUCGUACUUAUCAUAUAUUUCUGAGAAUGGGUAGAAUGACCGAAUGCUACCCAGACGGUCACUCGUGAUAAGGCGCUUGGAAUUUACUAUCUUAUCGCAUAAUCAGUCGAAUUUCACCUGUGACACUCUCAACGUUCACAUUUCCGUGACACUGGUUACACGAAUUGAAUUCGAUAGAAACCGGAUUCCAGGUUCCGUCACUCGCAUCUCGCAGAGACAUAGCUGAUGCGUGUAAUUUAUGCAUGCUUCCAUCACGGUAAGCCUUGUGACGUAUCUUGCAACGCGUGACAAAUAGAUCGUUGCCUUUGAAGCCAACAUUGUUGAUCCAACGACUCAACGUGAACUCAAAUCCAAAGUCACUCAGACGAAUUGAGUAACGAUAGAACCUGGUACAGGAAUCCUAUGUGCGACUUAUCCUGUUAGUAUGAACCGUACGAUAUCUGUUAAACGUCUUAUGUAUAUCUCAUAAUCUAAUUUGCUUAAAGCUUUCGCUAUUAUGGAGGAUUAUUAUCGCUCUUUAUGAAAUGACCUUCCUUGUGUUACGAGCACUAUCCUUGCACGGUUGUUCGCCGCACGAUCUUCAUAUUUUUAUCGAAAAUGAUAGAAAAUGUUCGAAUUGUACGAUACAAAAUAUAAUUAUCUAGUCCUUUGAAUAAUUAAAAAUUAUGAACAUGAACAUUGUCGAUGAAUGAUAUAAGAUUCACUAUAAACAAUUGCGACGAGAAUACGGACGUAUGUCCGUAUGCGUCAAUGCUAUUUAAAGAAUGAAACUUAGUAUAUUUUAUUCGCAAAAUAUAAACUAUUAAGAUUUUAAGGUAAAUAAAAUUUUUAGAAAAAAAUUAUUUCGCGGCUAAUUAGAUAAUUUAACAUGUAUGUAUGUAUUGGCAGCGAAAGGAUUAAUGAAGAAGAUAUGAUUCCACUCAAAAAUAUUUUGAACACUUCUUUCGUGGGUUAACAAGCAGGCUUUAAAAAAAAAUCCGUCACUUUAAUGUUGAACACGUAGUAAUUUAAUAGUUUGCGAUGAAACUUAAUUUUUCAUAAUUCUUCAGAAAGUUCACAGCCGAAACGUUGUUUUCUUUCUUUGCUAUGUCAGUAUAAACGACUUGCUCGUUCCUUCGUCCAGGAUAAUUCGACUUGUUAUUGAUUGCUUUUUGAGAAUGAGCAGUAACGAAGAAACUCUAUUAGUAAUAAUUUAUCUUGCUCUUAUUCUUACCGACAACUGCUUUAUCUUUUUUCCACGGUUACUUAAAUUAGCAUUAUUUCGAGAAUAUUUACAAUGUUCAUGUUUAUUGACGCGAUUAUUAGCGAAUGUGUUUGACCCAAAUUUGGAAAGAGAUUGUUACUUAAUUUCGAAUCAAAAAGUUGAAGCUCUUACAAUUUAAUUAAGGCUUCCGUAUGCAAAUCCUACCCUUUUGGGAACAGUAUCCUGACGUUUAACAUUGAAGCUAGUUUCAUUUGAGAUCAAGAGACACACUGGAAUUGUAUCGUCCCUUUAUACAGUUCGUGAAAGUUUCGCUUUUGCUUGAACGACGGCGUUGCCGUUCCACGGUGAUAUUCGACUCGAGUAGAAAUAGCCAAGAAACUUCUACGGAAAAAUUGUAAUAAACGUUUCUCGUGUCACAGUAUCAGUAGCCCAUAAUUUUUAUAAUUUGGAAAGUUGCAUUAUAUUUGUUCUUAAGUUUCGUUUUCCAUUAGACCAUUAAUCCUUGCAGAAUUUGCGAGGUCAAAGUUAACUUUUAAUGACGCGCAGCUCGGCAUCUGUGACAAAGUUGUGACCAGGCUACGCGGCAAAGAAAGAUGGAAUCCAAUAUUUGUUGUUUGUGUCAAUAGAAAGAUAGAGGUGGAGACUGUAGUAAGGGGAAAUGUUUCGUGUAAAUAAUCUCCUUGUAUACAUGUGUAAAUAAUGCUACCAGUUUCGAAGAGAUACUUCAAAUAUAAACAUCCGCACGAACGUGAAAUGCUGAAUAUUAAUUGAACAUAUGGGUGGUACGAAUGAUCGAAGAAUAUUUCGUAUUAUUAGUCGGAUGUAAAGUUGCAUAAUAUCGAAAGAUUCAUAAUUUAGAAGCGUAUCCGAUUUUAAAUUAUUUUACGUUGUUCAUCGAAAUAUGCGAAGUUAUAUUGAAAUUGGCAUUUUAGUACACGAUUUUCUAUUAAUUAUUCAUCGCGUCAGAUUUCUAUUUUAAUUUGACAAUUUUCAACCUUUACAUAUUAAAAAUUAGGAAACUAUAUAAAAUAAUCGAAUAAAAUAUUCAAGAGAGAACAUUUCUACUAAAACCAGGUGUUAUUAUAUUAAACGUACGAAAUGUAUAAAACAAUCAAAUAAGAUUUACACUCGAUAGCCAUUAGUUUAAAAACAGAAAUUAUAAAAUAUUAUUUAGUUUCUCGAUUUACGUCCUUAUUUAUUUAAUCGUAUUUACGCAAAACUUUCGUGAAAGGAAAAAUCAAAGCCUGCGAGCUUGAAUAGGUAGAAACGCAAAGAGAGACAAGACCAUGGCAGCUGGCCUUUCAUCGAGUCAGAGUUGUAAUUUAGUAUCCACAUUCGUGGACAUAGCAGCGUAAUUACCGCGGUGGUUAAUUGACGCAGGCAAUGCGUGGCUGCUCAUCAUACGAACGGCGCCAUAACAUCGAAUCCCUGUGGUUUCAUCGGGACUCAUUUUUGCGGUCACCCUGUUAUUCCUCAUUAAACCUGUUCAAACCCUUCUCUCUAGCAUAAUCGAUGCUAGAUCGAUCCAUGGAACAUUUAACGAACUUCUGUUCAUUAGUGUUUCAAGUGUAUCCGUAUUUCGUAAUCUUCUUUUACUUUUGUUCUAGGGUAGUAGAAUUUUGGAAAGGAUUUGUUCAGACUAAAAGGAUGAAAAUAUAGUAUAGGUGAGAAGUAUAUAAAUUUUAUACUUUUCAAGACUAGAUUGUAAAUGUUUAUGCAUUUAUUGGGAAAUUAAAAUACGUAAAAAUGAAGAAAAUUCAAAGUGAAGUACUAUUAUAAAGUAUUAUAUACUUUGUGUUAUUUUAUAAAUAUAGUAAUUUAUAAUUAGAUUCGAUUAGAGAACGAAAUGAAUCUGUAGCUUUUACUUCUUUGGUCGUGUUGAAGAAAAUAUAAAUUUGUAUAAACAUUUGCAGUCUGUCUAUAAAUUACUAUUAUUCUAGUCACGAUAUUGAACAUGAUAAUUUAAAUGUAAUAAAUUCGGUUUUUAAGUUACUGGUGAUGGUAAUCGAGAAAAAGAACUAUUUGCGACAGGGUUUUUUUUUUUUAAUUGGAAAAGAUCGUCGUAUACGAAAUUAUUUAUAUAUAGCGAAUGAAGAAAUUAUUUAAAAUUAUUUAUUACAUCUGCGUGGAUUCGUUUCGCAGUACUCGGUUUUUCUAGGAAUAAAAAGGACGCUUUCCCAUUUUUUGCAACAUAACGAUCACGUUUAUCGACAGAAUUAUCGAGUAAUUACUCGAUAAUUAAAACGUAUCGGGUGCCUUCAUUUAUUUAUUGGCUAAAAUUUUUCAUGUUAAACUGCUAGUCAGGCAUUUGUCAGAUUUGUAUAAAUCAUUUUAGAAAAUGUUGUAUUAUUAGGUCGGUACAUGCGGAGUUGCUUUUAAAAAUCUAAUAAAUUAGAAAUGUUUUCGUUCCUACAAUUCCAAAGCGUUUUUUAAAAAAUUGUUACAUGUUACAAUUUCUAAAAAAGAAUAUACGUGCCACGAAGCUCAAAUUUUGAAACAAGCAUAUUUUACAUGAACGAAACAAAUAAUAGAUACAUUAAAAAAAGAAAAAAAGACAUUGUCGAGGAAAAAGUUAAAAUUAUAAUUAAUGUUAUCAUUACGUACGAAGGAAUACAAGUAAAGACACUCGCUGUCUUCAAUAUUUUCACGACUUGAAAUCCAAUAAAGAAUUGCUUAAUAUCGGCAUUAAGUAUUUCCCACCGAAUUCUCGUGUUAAUCGAACAGAGAUGAUAUAUUCACGAUAUGGAUUUUAGCGGUAAUACUAUAUUCGUUGAGUCAUGAUUUUCUAAUGCACUACAAUGCAAUGUUAAUUAUUAUAUCAUAAUUUCGUUAUUUUUAUGGAAAAGACAUUCGCCUAUCGUUAACCUGUUAAUCAAGAGCAAUAAGUUAAAUUGUCAUUGCAUCAUACUUGCAUAGCCAUUCUUUUUGUAAUAUUAUUAUAACAACAGUUGCAUCAUUUUUACAUUUUUCACAAAAUUAUAUAUUAUCACCUAAUGUGUGGUAAAUUAUAAUUUUUUUUAUUUCUGUCUAUAAGUCACACGCCUAAUGUCCUUAAGAUGAAAAAAAGGACGUUUUAAUUAAAAAAUAAAAUCUAUAUUAGGUAGUCACUAUUAUUUAUGUUUAAAGAUUGUUCACUUAUUUUAAUAAAUAUACUACAUAUAAAAUUAGCAUAAAUAACAUUUUUUAUAUAAUUAAUGUUUAAUGGAGUUAAUUUAUGUAAAAGUAGCAAGUGAUUUAUGGGCAAAAAUAAUUCUUCGAUUAACAGGUUAACGUUAACACACACUUGGAGCGAUCAAUUACGAAUCAAUUACGAGGUAACAAUAAUCGAUCGUACGCGAACAUGUCAAACUAAAGGGAAGAAACGAUACGUAAGAAACGACAAGAAAAAGCAUACAUUUCGCGAAACAUUCUGUGGUCAGCAAUUAACCGCGUGGAAAUACAAAGUAAUCCAAGAGCUUCGUUCGCUGUUUUCGCGUAUCAAACUUGGACGAGUAGAGAAUGCGCGCAAACAGCUUUCCACGGAAUUGUAUCCGAAGCUUUAACGACUAGUUUAAAUAAUGCGAUUCGUGGUUUCUCGAACGGGAAGAACGAUCCUUGCACUUUUCCUAUACGAAUUGAUUUUUCGCGAGAAACCCUUCUUCGUUUAAUUUAUUCUCAUCGCCUAUUUAUUGCUUUUUAUUCUACCGUGCCACUGAAUUGGAGAAUUAGGAUUUGCUUGUAAAAUAUUCAAAUAAUAUUUCGUUAUAAUUAUCGUACUUCUGGAGUGAAAACAUAACAUAAGUGGAAAUAUAACAUUUAUUUUUCUAUUUCUUCUUUUUCUUUCUCUCUUUCUUCUUUAUGUGGAACCGUGUGUUUGACUGACACGAAAAUAUUAGCACGGCUGGAGGGACUAGUAGAAGUGUUACGCGUUCACAGAAGGUUGUUGUAAGUUAGGAGUAAAAAGUGACAGAACCUAGAUCCCCACGCUAUCACGCAUACGUGUCAGGUACAGCAUGUGAAAUUCAUGAUUUUUGCAUAGCUCAAAAUUCUCGAGCCUCGGAUAAUAUAUAUAUACACACACAUACGUACUCCAUGUGUCGAUUAGCACUCCUUUGCCUCGAUAUAAUUAUCGCAGUUAUCUUUGCGUUAAUCAGCCCCCAAGAAGUAAUAUCCCACCUUUAUUUCUAGUAAAAAUAUAUAAAUUGUUUAUGUAUAAAAGCUCUUAAAAUCUUAAAAAGAGAAAUAGAAAAGUAAUCUGGAAUAAUGUUACUCUAUUAGUACAUAACUAUGAUUCUCGGUAUUAUCCAAAAGGAAGAAAAAUUGUUUCCUACUUUUGCAGAAUGAAAACAUGGAGCACGAUAAUUAUCACAAACGAAAAGAAAAUAAAUUCUAGUCGACUACUGUCUUUAGUGGCAAGGUAGUGAUAACGAAAGGGUGUUUAAGCGUUAAGAAGGUGGGAUGUUCCUCGAGUCGAGAACGAUCGCAGUUAUUCUGAUUAUUUUUGUACCGUGUACAUAUUGUAGACGAAGAUGAUUAAUUAACCGGGGCCAGGAUGAAGCUUCAAAGCUUUUGUACGCCACUCGUAUGUAUUUCCCACUAUCUUCGUCGAUUUUUAAACUUAACGUUCCUUUCCAUCGUCACCGUGGUCCCUUUUAUAAACGAAGAAAAAGGAAACAAUAAGAUCGCGGACGAUACGAUCGAUACUCGUCUCGCGAUAAAACGAGUCCUGGUCGUAGUUACGCUAUUAUUUAGUCAUGAUAGUCGUGCUCGACCCAUUUUUUUUAUUAUUAUUAUUAUUAUUAUUAUUAUUAUUAUUGCUAUUAUUACUACUAUUAUUAAUAUUAUUAAUAUUAAUAGAUUUGUACAUAGGAGGUAUUAUAUGUUAAUUUUCUAAUAAUUUAGAAUUAAUGGAGAAAACGGGAAAAAAGCGAAGAAUGGUGUUGAAUGUUUUCGAUAAUUUUGUAACUUAGAAAAGUUAGUAGCGUUGAAAAAGUUGGCGAGACCAACAUGCGUGAGAAUGGAAGAGCAACUAAUAAUAAGUAAAUCGUUGUUAAUUGUGCUGAAGUAAAUUGAUCUGAUAACGUUGAAAAAGUAUUUUUGUUCGAAGAAUAAUAUGUAAUCGAUUAGGUUGAAUGCAACCCGCUUGUAUAUAUCGAUUGUAACUGACCUAUCAUAUGGUGUAUGUUGUGAUUCGGAAACUUGGGGUUGGAGUCCUACGAGUAUUAUUUUAAUUCACGCGUAAUGCUUAGUAUGAAUUAUAUUUUUGAUAUGGAAUAUAUUUAUUAAUUUCUAUCAAUUGGCAUUGCGGAGUUUAUUUUUUCUCUCAAUCUUCAUAUUUACUAAUAUUUAUUACUUUUUAUUUAAAUAAAGAAUUUCUUUGAAGAUACAAGUAUAUUUAUUAUAUGUGUUUCAUCAAAACUAAUAUAUCAUUUAUCACGCAUACAAACAUACACGUACGUUCAUAAUUCUUUACGUACAUAUUAUCCCAGAACCUAUAUGUUUCCCUAAUGAGAACGCCACUGAAAUUUCUAUUCGUUUCUUGAAGAUAAGUUCGUUCAUUUAAGAAGCAGUUGCGCGAUUGCAGUGGAUCCAUAGCUUAUGCCAAUAUUUGAACGGUUUUAAGUAUUUUUGUAUACUUUGUAUAUCGUUCUUGAUCGAAGGAAAAAAAAUAUAUGAGGACUUAUUCUCGAGAGGUGCAUCCAUAUAUCGUAUAAUAAAAUGUUUACUUAAAAUGUAAAGUCGUUUCAGUGUGUGUACACUAAACCGGAAGACUAUUUUUGAAAAUCAUCUAGUAUGUAGCCACGAGAAAACUCAGUUUUGUUUACAAAAUGUAAAUCUUGAUAAAAUGAACAUCUGUCUACCAAGGAUGUGUACGCAGAUCCUUAAAAAAAUUUGUAGAUGCUCAUUUACAAGGUGGUUGCACGUAAGUAUAUACAUAUACAGCACGUUUCAUUAUUAAAAGACGAAGGACCAUACGUUAAGUAUUUAUCUUUAUAGUUACGUGUGAAUAAUAUGUAUGCGAAUGAACUCGGUUGUUUUGAGAGAAAACGAUUGCAUAGUUUUGAAAAAUAAUAAAUAAGUUUCAAUGUAAAAUAAAAUGUAGUAAAACGAUUUCUACAAAUGUAUUUGUUGCAUCAUUAUUUUACAUUAUUCUAAUGUUAUUGCGAUCUUAAAAAAAUAUAAAAAUUACGGAUUAUAUGCCACACGUUCUUUCGAAAUAUCGAAUUCAUUUUCAAGUUAAGGAACAAAGGACGCGCACAGUUCGAAACGACAUACAGAAUAAUAGGGGUGGAUUUGUUGAAUGACUGGCUGGUAUUGAGUGUGUAAAAUUUCUGAAAAGUUCAAUUAACCGGAAAUACGUGCGUAUAUUUUCAAAACUUGAAUUAUAGACCCUGGACGAAAAAUUGAGAGUGGAUUCGAGCGAAGAGUUUAUGGUCUCGCCAACUUAUUCGUAUUUAAUCGUCGCUAGUUCAGUACAUGUAUAUAAUAGCGCACUGGAUUAUGCGAAUAGAGAGAAAAUAUCGAGGAGAAUGCGUUAAUAUCGCGAUAUAUCGUUCGUAGACAUUUAUUGAUAAUUAUUAUUUGUCUGAUAGAUGUCUAAGAAUGAUGAACCUGAUUUGUAAAGAGAGAUAGCAGAGAAUGUCGUUAUUUGUAUUAUUAUAAAUACAUGAAAUUUUUUCAAUAUCGUCGUAGCCUAUCGUGGAAUAAAUUUUUCUUGCCGACGGAGAAUUUAUACGUGUAAAAAAAAAAAAAAAAAAAAAUCGAACGUUGUCCUACAGCGAUUCUGAAACAAAGGAACGAAUCGAGCCGUGCGUGGCUGUGAAAUCUUGUGACUAGAUUCGGUUAAUUGAUAAAAUAUCCUAUGUUAGCAAAUAUGAUUAGACUAAUUAAAAUUCGAAUAUAAAAAUUGGUUAAUAUCGACGCACACAAGGCUGAUGAGGUCAACGUUGUAUCCGAUAUUGAAUAUUGGAAAGACGUUCGUACAAGAGUGGGAGGAGAAAGUGUAAAAAAAUGUAAUUAAUGGUGUUGAUUUAAAAUGUUCGUUUAAAAUUAACGCAUUGGCGGUAAAUAAUUUUAUGAAGAUCCUAAAAUACAAAGCUAGCUAAAAUAAGGCAUUUCAAGAUUUACUUUCGAAUGACGUUAUCAACCCUUAAACUGCACUCCAUAUUUUAUUUCAUUCAAUUCUUUGCAGUUUUCAAUAUUCUUCGACAUUGUAAUUUAAUUUCAAACAAUUUUUAGUUUAAAUAAAAAACUCUUUUAUUUAAUUAAAAAAUACGUCAACGUAGGAAAGCUAUUGGUUACAAAGAUAUAAAAAUAUAAUAUUGAAGUCACAAAGAACUUUCAAAAAUAGGUUACUCGAUAUAAAUCAAUCGAGAUAGAAUGUGGAAUGUUACUCAAACCUUAAAGGUUAAUUGAUUUAAAUACGAGAACUCCUUCUUUACUGAAUGUCCCCGAUAACUGGCCUGCCUGGCAUUAUUUUGCUCGUCUGCUACGACUGUAGUCAUUAAAUUAGAAAAUUAAUUGGCUCUUUAAAAAUCGUCUUGUAAGAUCACUCGAUUUUCCCUUCCUGUCUCGAUACACAGUGUACUUCACAUAAUCUUUUUCUUUUUCUACUUCUCUAUAAUUUUCGAAUAUACGAUGCAUGAGAGUGAAAGGAACGAAUAUUCUAUUCACGAAUAACAGUUGAAACGUUAGUUACGGAACUUCAGAAUCGAACGAGUUAAAGGAGAUAAUAAUCAACUAUUGAAUGUUGGAGGAUCGCUGGCAACAGAUCCUAAAGUAAGAGAAAUGUACAUAAAAAUCUCGAAUAAGCGGAGAACUUAAUUCCGCAAUGUAUAGAAGCUAUUUAUCGUAUGCGUUAACUGUGCACCAAUUAUAUUUACGAUCGUUGUCGAUACGGAUUCGUUUUUGCGAAUGAACGUAUCCUUACAGUGUUCGCGCGUGAGAAUGUAUAAUAAGCAUGUACGAGCGUGUCCUCUGUAUUUAUAGGAAAAUGAUGAUAGCUAGUAGCGAAAGAAGAGAUAAAUCGUACAUGUGCGUCGUUAAAGCCGUUCGUAUUUUCAGCACCGAAGUGUAUUAUCGUUCGCGAACUUCAAGUCUGUACAUUUUAUUUGCGUCGUCGUUGUUUUUCAGAGAGAGUGAGAGAGAAAUAGCAAGCAUAUGAAACGAGAAAGAAAGAAUGAACUGCGUGGCGCAUCGCGAGUAUUUCGUCUGAAGAAAUGUAGAAUCAGACAUGACAAAUAAAGAGAAUCGAGAGUCGAUUGUAGUUUGUGCGCGUCCAAGAAACGACAGUAUGAGAAUGGAAAAGAAUAUUUAUUUGUAAAAUAAUCGAUAGAGAGAGAGAGAGAGAGAGAGAGAGCCGUGUAAAUAAAUCUCGUUUACGAACUGGAAAGUUUGGGACGGAAUGUAAGAUAACUUAAUACAUUCGAAAUAAAAAUCAAUUAUUUUUCUUUAA